AUGAGGUUACUAAAUUUGAAUUCAUUAAUCCUUGCGAUAUCGUUCCUCACGGUUUCAUCGGCACAAAAUAACCUUUACGCAACUCCGUUCAUCACAUCAUCCACGUCAAAAUUCGGAAGAAGAAUCGAGGGAACGGCGGUGAAUGUGAACGGGGAUAUUUUCGCAACAAAUUUCGAUGCAAAAUUAUUCGAGAUUGGUAGUAUCACACCAUCACAAUCGGUUUAUCAUACAUCCUCAUCACAAAAAUCUUUUUACAAUGGUAUAAGGUUCAUCCCAUUAACGAAAACUCAAGUGAAUCAAG